GCGGAAGUGCGGGUUCCACGGUGGCUGUUCUCUUUCAGAGUGCGGAGUUAUGGAGUUGAGUUGGACAGACUGGAACCUUUAGAGCCGGCUGUGUAAACGCUCUUAUUGUGAUCUGAGAUAAGGUUUGGGGAUCAGAGACCCGCGAGUCACCAUGGCGGAGAACAUCAUCAUUCGUGUCCAGUCUCCAGACGGGAUGAAGAAAAUCAGUUCAACCAAGCGUGAGACUUCUGCAGCUUUUCUGAAGAAGGUUGCUAAAGAGUUUGGUUUUAACUCGAAUGGGUUUUCUCUCUACCUGAACCGCAAUAAAACAGGCGAGAUUCCAUCUCAGAACAAGGCCCUUAUCAUGUUUAAAAUCAAGCAUGGAGACAUGCUCUUUCUCUUCCCAUCAUCGGCCGGUUCCUCCAGUGAGAACAUGGACACAGCACAGCCUCAGUCUUCAUUGUCGUCUUCUUCCUCCUCCUCCUUGUCUCGUUCACACUCUGCGCUACAGUUCCAAGAGGACGAGAUUGAUCAGUAUCUGGCCAAGCAAGACGGCAAGAUAUACAGAAACAGGGAUCCCCAGCUAUGCCGGCAUGGUCCCUUGGGGAAAUGUGUUCACUGUGUACCCUUAGAGCCGUUUGAUGAAGACUACCUGAAUCAUCUCGACCCACCUGUUAAACACAUGUCGUUCCACGCCUACAUCCGCAAGCUGACAGGUGGAGCAGACAAAGGCAAGUUUGCAGCACUGGAGAACAUCAGCUGUAAGAUCAAGUCAGGCUGUGAGGGCCAUUCGCCCUGGCCUGAGGGCAUCUGCACUAAGUGCCAGCCCAGUGCUAUCACCCUCAACAGACAGAAAUACAGACAUGUCGAUAACAUCAUGUUUGAGAACCACACCAUCGCAGACCGCUUCUUGGACUUUUGGAGGAAGACAGGAAAUCAGCGGAUGGGAUAUCUGUAUGGCCGCUACACAGAGCAUAAAGAUAUUCCACUGGGAAUCCGUGCUGAGGUGGCCGCUAUUUAUGAACCUCCACAGAUUGGUACUCAGAACAGUCUGGAGAUUAUUGAUGACCCCAGAGCUGCAGCAGUGGAAGAGAUCGCUGCUAAACUGGGCCUCUGUAAACUGGGGUGGAUCUUUACAGACCUAUUGUCUGAGGAUACAAGAAUAGGCACAGUGCGGUACACGAGAAACAAGGACUCUUACUAUUUGAGCGCAGAGGAGUGUAUCACGGCCGGACAUUUCCAGAACCGCAACCCCAAUUCAUGCCGGCUCUCUCCCGAUGGCCACUUUGGAUCAAAAUUUGUCACAGUGGUUGCAACCGGUGGUCCUGAUAACCAGGUACAUUUUGAGGGCUACCAAGUUUCUAACCAGUGCAUGGCCUUGGUGAGAGACGAGUGCCUGCUGCCCUGCAGAGAUGCCCCUGAACUCGGCUACGCCAAAGAGUCAAGCAGUGAGAAAUACAUCCCUGACGUCUUCUAUAAGGAUAAAGAUAAAUUUGGAAACGACAUCACUUACUUGGCCCGUCCUCUACCAGUGGAGUACCUAAUUAUUGACAUCACCACCACUUUUCCUAAAGACCCCGUGUUCACCUUUUCCUCCACGCUUCGCUUCUCCAUUGAGAACAGAGAGUCAUUGGGAGAAACACAGGACUUCCACAGUUUAGCUACAUAUCUCUCCCAGAGCACUUCCUCCUCAUCUUUUUUGAACAUCGUUUCUGACUUCCACCUGCUCGUCUUUCUAGUCACUAAUGACGUCAUGUCUUUGCGAGACAGUAUUGGGUUGUUACUGGAUGCAGUGAAAACCUCAAAUGAGGAGCUGGCACAGACCUGGAAGAAAUCUGAGCAGUGGGCUACAAUCGAGCAACUCUGUAGCACAGUAGGAGGGCAGCAGGGAGGCUCUCUUGACUAUGCUAUGGGUGGCCCAUCUAUCCCAGCAUCCUCCUCUGCCAUGUGGUCCUGCCUCCACUGCACCUUCAUGAACCAGCCAGGCACGGAGCACUGCGAGAUGUGCAGCCUGCCCCGUAGUUAAAAAUAAAAACACCGCCACCUGGGCAGACAGCAGCAGGAGUGGACUUCAAAAUGUUCUCAGAGGCCCUCCCCUUAUACACACAUUCCCCACCUCUUCAUCAGAACUCCGCCCACUUUAUCACUGCCUGUCCAGGGUUGCUAAGCGAAUACAACUGGUGUGCUCGGAUACAUGUCCAAAGCUAACGAUGAUUGUGUUCCGUUAGCCUCUUUGCUGUGGCCACAAGGCAUGCUGGGAUUGAUUUAGGUAAAGCACUAGGCCAAGGUUUCUUUCGCGCUCUGUUCCAAAACAAGCUGACGUCAUUGUUGCGGACUUUGCUAAAUCCAAUUUGUUUUUUUGAAAAUUAAAAUUUCCUCCCCUCACCUUUAAUUCUCACAGCCUGGAGAUGUGUUGUGUAAAUAAUAAGCAGACUGAUAUUGAUACUGAUGCUCUUAUUUAAUUUCAGUGAGGCUUUUUUCUUUUUUGGAACCAUAGUUAUAUGUAUAUUGAUUGAAUUUAAUACAAUUCUGUUUUCCAAAGAAAAGGAAAAAAAACUAAACAAAAAGUCCUAUCAUGCUGAAUAAGCACUUGUGGCUUUUCACAAAACAAGAUGCACACUGCAACACACAUGAAACUGUCCAGAUCAUUGGAUCCUUCAACUCACCGUUACGGCUUUUUCUUGAGUUUUAAUUGAGACUCCCUAUUAAAGGUUGCACAAGCCUUUUUCUCAAUCA